UCGGAGCGGCGUGUGGUACCUAUCGUUAAUACUCUGGGAGUUGGACUGUCUGAACUCUGAAGACAAGUCAAGACAAGGCCUUAAAAAUGGUGUUCAUUGACAAUAUUACAACCAUUCUAGGUGUUACAGUGUUUGUUAUACUAGUUAUACGUUUAUACAUUAAGAUAACUCAGAGAUUCGCCCCGGUCGAAAAUUGUGCUAUGGAGGGAAGGACAAUCAUUGUCACCGGAGGAAGCAACGGUAUAGGGAAGGCAACUGUAAAACUCCUUGCUGCAAAGAGAGCGAGAGUUGUCAUUGCUUGCCGAAAUGUUGAGAAAGGGGCUGCAACUCGGGAUGAAAUCAUUGCUGCUACCGGUUACGCAAACAUAUCUGUGAAGAAGCUUGAUCUCUCCUCGCUUCGAUCUAUACGCAACUUUGUGAACGAGUUCAAGCAAGAGGAACACAGACUGGACGUCCUAAUCAAUAAUGCUGGAAUACUUGCUCCCGCAAGAAAGACUAUAACAGAAGAUGGAUUGGAAUUGACAUAUGCCACAAAUCACUUUGGACCUUUUCUUCUCACAAAUCUACUCCUUGAUUUCAUGAAGCAGUCUGGUCCUGGUCGAAUCAUCAAUGUAACUUCUGUUGUGUAUGCGAUGGGUAACAUUGACUUUGAUAAUCUUUGUGCGGAGAGGAGUUAUAGCAGCUAUACAAUCUAUGGGCACACCAAGCUAGCUAACAUCCUAUUCACCAGAGAAUUGAGCAAAAGACUCGAGGGUACAGGUAUAACUGUUAAUUGCCUCCAUCCUGGUACCGUAAGGACAUCUCUCCUCAACUACAGACCAGAACUGAAAAUUAUUUCUUUCAUCUUUGGAUCUCUAUUUUGGAAGGAUCCUGAGGUGGGUGCGCAGACUUCUCUCUACUUGGCCGUAUCAGGAGAGGUCAACGGGGUCACCGGCCAGUACUUUGAUAAUUGCCGUCCUGUCGUUCCAUCAGCUAAAGCAAGGGAUGAUGGUGUGGCGAGGAAACUUUGGGAGGUUAGCGAAAAACUAACCGGUCUAAUACAAUAAUUGGAGUUUAAUUUUUCAGUUGAGUUUAUGUAGCAUGUGAAUGUUCACUCAUCAGGAUUGGUCUUAAUUUUUGUAUCAUUUUAUUUUUGUAUGUUUGCUUUGAAGAAAAUUAGUCAAAUGAAUGAUGGCAGUGAUCAGGGAGACAAUUUGCAGUUUUCAACAGAGCUCUAAUAAUUACAUGGAGUACAAUUUUAUAUUUUUGACUGAUCAUCAAUUGAAAAUCUGCAUUUCAUAAGGGAAGAACAAUCUAUUCUUCGCUAUGAACUAUUCUAUAACAUUUGCCCAAGAUAGAUACAUGGUGUACCGUGAAACCUACUACACUAUUCUAUAAUUACUUAACUUUCCAAGUGUUAGAAAUCAACCCAAUUGGGAACAUUCCUGUUGAUAAUGUUCAAAUACUGUUACAUGAAAUUCAAGUUCUCAGAGUAUUCUCUGCCUCUCUCAUUACAUGUGUUCACAAUCACUGUUAGAUAUAGAAGAUGCUCAGUUACUUUGCCUUCGUUAAAGUUCAUGCUAAUACCGUUGUUAAAGUUGAAGUUAUCAUUUCUCCUACAGUGAAGCCUCAUUUGAGAACUAUAUUUCUUUUGAAAAUUAUUUCAACAUCUUUACAGUCAAGAUCUAGGCUAUGUUUCAAAUCAAUCAUAUUUUCAUCGGACUCAAGACUCAUUUCAUUUUUAAUUAUCAGUAACAAAGAAAAAAUAUACAUAGAAUUUUGGCUACAAUUUCUCAAUGUUUAAAGGGUAUUUGAUCACAGAUUGCCUCAUAUUUAACCAGAACCCUACAUUUUCACCCCACUCUAUAACUUAUCAAAAUUCCUUUUUUUUUUAAAUAUAUAUUGUUCCCUUCUGUUGAUGAUGGCAGAUUCAAAUUUUGGCAUUAUUUUCUGAACUCUAUAGGUGUAACAAAUUUCUGCUUUUGUUCAUUUAGUAGCAUUUGAAACAGGGUUUUGUAGCACUAGAAUUAAUUUUGCCAGUUGAAUUUGUCAUCUUAUUAGAUUUGCAAUAAUUGCUCACUGUGAGAGAAUGUCUAUCAACAAAGGAUAAAACAUUGUUGGUACGUAAUAAUUGUAAUCCCCUUUCUCAUAACCAUUCACAUUAUGGACAUAGUCUAUGAUCUAGAAUAUCACUUGGGUCCGACAAAGACUUGUCUUCUGAUAUCACAAAGGCUCUGUAGUAGUGCUCAUUUAAGUUUUCAGUCCCUCCAAGGCUGGACAAUAAAUGUA